AUGGCCAGCAAAGUUGUUGUUCCUGCUCAACCUGUGACUCCUUUCGAGUUUGAGCUAUAUGAGGAUCCUGAUCACCUUAGAACUGUGAUGGCGUCCUCAAACCAGUCAACUCCUAGGAUUGAUCCUGCAAAAUUGAAACUUAGACAUAGAAUUGGGAGGGGACCUUUUGGUGAUGUUUGGUUGGCUACUCAUCAUCAGUCUACUGAAGAUUACGAUGAGUAUCAUGAAGUGGCUGUCAAGAUGUUGCAUCCUAUUAAGGAGGAACAUAUGAGGGUUGUGUUUGAUAAGUUUGACGAUUUGUUUUCAAAGUGUCGAGGCAUAGAAAGUGUGUGUUUUCUACAUGGAAUUUCAGUUAUAAAUGGAAAGAUAUGCAUUGUGAUGAAGUUUUAUGAGGGAUCAAUUGGGGACAAAAUGGCUUGCCUUAAAGGAGGGAAGCUCUCAUUACCUGAUGUUUUGAGGUAUGGGAUAGAGUUGGCUCAGGGGAUUGCAGAGUUGCAUGCAAAAGAAACCCUAGUUCUUAACCUUAAACCUUGUAGCUUCCUUCUUAAUGAAAAUGAUCAAGCAGUUCUGGGAGAUGUUGGUAUUCCUUACCUGCUACUUGGAAUUCCAUUUCCAAGCUCAGAUAUUUCUCGGAGGCUUGGAACCCCAAACUAUAUGGCUCCGGAACAAUGGCAGCCAGAAAUAAGAGGUCCGAUAUCUUUUGAGACAGAUUCAUGGGGAUUUGCGUGCAGCAUUGUGGAGAUGUUGACUGGCGUUCAACCUUGGUGUGGGAAGUCAGUUGAAGAAAUUUAUGACUCGGUGGUUAGGAAACAAGAGAAACUACGUCUUCCUGAGGGCCUCCCUCCUCCAGUUGAAAAUGUUCUUUUUGGAUGCUUUGAAUAUGACUUCAGGAGUCGGCCCCUGAUGACAGACAUAUUACGUGUAUUCAAAAGCUCACAGAAUGCAGUUCUUGUCGAUGGAGGCUGGACAGGAUUUGGCAGCAGAACAAUCCUAGAGAAAUCCAGUGGCAGUGGUUACACAGAGUGGUUUUUAUCAAAGGAUCAUCUGCAAGUGGGAGACAUGGUGCGUUCCAGGAGGCCACCUAACUCAUGCAAGCCUGAAAAUAUGGAUGUCCCAGAAGGAACAGUGGUGGGUUUAGAACGUGACCCAGAUCGAGAUGGUUUUGUUUUGGUGAGAGUUCACGGCAUCCAUGACCCAUUAAGACUUCCUGUCUCAACCUUGGAACGAGUCACUUUUGGCCUUGCAGCUGGGGAUUGGGUACACCUGAAGGAAGAAGACAAGAAGCACUCACCAGUGGGCAUUCUUCAUUCUAUAAAUCGCGAUGGAAGCGUUGCUGUCGGAUAUAUAGGGGUGGAAACUCUCUGGAAAGGAAAUUCUUCAGAGCUUCAAAUGGCUGAAUCUUACUUUGUUGGUCAGUUUGUAAGGCUGAAAGCUAAUGUUCUUAGCCCUCGAUUUGAAUGGCCUCGUAAAACCGGAGGGGCCUGGGCUACUGGGAAGAUUUGGUGGAUCCUACCCAAUGGGUGCCUCAUUGUCAAGUUCCCAGGAAGAUUGACAAUUGGAAAUGAAAAUAGCAGUUUUUUGGCUGAUCCAGCUGAAGUGGAAGUAGUUUCUUUCAAUACUUGUUCUGGGGUUGUCAAAAAAUAUCAACACCUUGAGGAUUUUCAUUGGGCUGUGAGACCUCUCGUGAUAGCAUUGGGUAUCUUUACAGCUAUGAAGGUUGGAUUUUUCGUCAGGAAGAAAAUAGGGAGAUCAAGAGUGAACAAGCGACAGGGUAGUGCAGGGGAAAGUGAUGGCCAAUAUAUGGAUGGCCAGACUAGCGCCAAUGGUAGCAACCAAGCAUGGUUUCCACCUUCUGUGAAAAAUAUCCUUGGUGUUAGCCCUGCUGCUACCCGGUAG